AUGAAAGUGUUUAGAGCAGAAUGGUCACCGUCACAUGGACAAAUAUUAUACACAUUAUAUAGCAGAAGGUUUUGGGUUGUAUUUUCAUUUGUAAAAAGGAAAAUACAGGAGAAACAGACACUGGAGCUGACCCAUCCCAGAAGAUCACCUCAGAGGAGACUUACAGGGCACAAAAUCAUAAGAUGAAGAUUCUUCUGUGUUUCAUCAUGUCAGUACAUGUGAUCACUGCUAACUCAAAUGGGUUAACAUUAAAAGGUCGCUUUAGUCCUCUGGUUGUUCCUCUGGGAGGUUCAGUGGUUCUUCCCUGUUUUGUUGAGACACCCUUACCACUGGAGGAUCUGGAGGUGGAUUGGAAAAGAUUGGACACACAGACUCUCAUUCAUCUAUAUCAAGAUGAAGAUAUUAGACCAGAGGCUCAACAUCAGGAUUAUCAUGAUAGAGCUCAUUUCUUCACUGAAGACAUUAAACAUGGAAACUUCUCACUCCUGUUGAACAAUCUGACAGCUGAAGAUGAGGGACAGUACACAUGUAAAGUUUACUCUGGACAAGAGUCUGGAGAAACUGUGGUGGAAAUUAAACAUGUUGAGCGUUUGAUAGUGUCAGGAUCAAAUCCGUCCAUUUCUGCAUCUGUGGGUGAUGACGUCACUCUGAGCUGCUCUGUGGACUCUCACAUCAAACCUGAAGAGAUUGAAGAGGUUUCAUGGAAGAAAACAAAUAAAGGCGAACCAAUCACAGUUCUUCUUUAUCAAUACAAUGAAACUUUACCAGAAUCAUCAGAUGAGCGAUACAGAGACAGAGUUGAGUUCUUCACUGAUGAAAUCCACAGAGGAAACUUCUCUCUCAGGCUGAAGAGAGUCACAACUGAAGAUAAAGGAGUUUACAUCUGUCAAGUGUUUGCUGGACGACUUUCAGCAAACACAACUGUUAAACUGGAGACAAUGGGUUUUUCUACUUUACAUAUAAUAGUGUUGAUUCUCUGUAUUACUGCAUAUGGAUCUGCAGUUAUAAUCUACUCUCUUAUCUACUGUAGAUCACACAAAGAAGACACAAUUCAUCGUCUUCAAAUGGUUCUGGUCUUCUGUCCAAAUCUCAUUAUGUUCUUUGCUUUUAUCUUCUGGGGUCUUUCUGAAGGAUCUGUGAAUGAGACGAUCUGCUGCUGUGCUCUUUAUAUUCUCAGACCUCUCAUGUUACUUUUUGUUGCCCCAUAUUUCAAUGAGUUUACAGGAACAGCUGAAGCACUUGUGAAUUGGAGUUUUGAAAUAGACUAUAUUUCUCUCACCACUAUUGUUUAUUCAGUUUAUUUCAAAACUGCCUGGGAGAAAAGUUUGAAUUAUAGUGCUGCUGAUAGACAUAUGAUAUUGGUCCUCUUUGGAAUGGUGUUUCUGUUAUGCAUUAUCUGUAUCACUAUGCUGCUGUCUCAAAUCAUUAGGAAAUUAAGUGAUCCGAUAAUCGCUAUAUUGUAUGUUCUGGCUAAUGUAAUCUUUUAUCUGCAACCUUCAUUACAAUUCGUCCUUCUGUUCUACACGUUUGGAUCAGUCAGAGGAGGUUUCAUAAUUGUUGUAGUUUUACCUUUGAUAACAACAAUGACCAGAUACAAUUGGAAUGAUGUAUGUGGGAAACAGAUUGGCUGUUCACCUUUGUUAAGGAGAUUGGUGUGGUUCAUUUCAAUGUUAUUAGCGGAUGUAGUACUGAUCUCUUUCUAUAUCUUAGCACUGGAAAAUGAAAAAGAUCGUGAUGGAUGGGCCUUUGUGAUCGGAUUUCUACAAGUAUUAUGGACAAUUUGGAUUUGUAUAGUAUCAUUUCAGGAUUGGGGUUACCCCCGCAUCACUGCUGUAUAUUUAUUUGGAUCAGUUGGUGUUGUUUUACUCAACUCUGUUUCUCUGAUGAUUGAACUGAUACUAAAAACUGGUAAUGGUGAAGGUUUAUUUGGGGAUCUGAGAAUCGUUGCGUUUUCCUCUGAAAGUCUCUUUGCUGCAUCUGUGCUGAUGUUACCGCUGUGCUCACCCUUGUGUUUUCUACAUCACAUGAACGUCACUUCAUUACAUUUAUUCAGAGAGAACAAGAUUUCUAGAGAUUAAUGGUCUGCGUGUGAAUAUGUAAUGUUAAUCUCCUGAUGAUCUUUUCCUUCACGCCUCUAAACACACAGGGAUCACAAAUAAUCUGCAGUGUUGUCAGACUGCAGCAGCAGGUUCAGAUGAAACUCAAGCUACUGGAUUAAACCAGAACACAGCAGAAUCUAAUGAAAUGAAAUCUGUACUGAAGACUAAAGAACAGGAUGCUGGAGGAGCUGGAAGUACAGCAGAAACUCGGCUUGAUUGAGUGAAAUCACAAACAUGAGAGAAGAUCAUUGAGAUUCAUCAUGAAGACUGUCAACAUCAAACAUUGCUUGUCAAGUGCUUUUCAGCGGUCUUAAUGGAUGUACAGAAUGACUUUUGCAUUCAAGUCAGAGAUGUGGAUUCGGACUGCAAUUAAUUACCACACGACUUUGGUGUUUGUAAAAAAAAACAAUUGGUACUUGUAAUUAGGCCAGGAAUUUUUACGUGGGUGGUCAGAGAAAGACAAGGACAUUCUGGAUUCGGAUACCUUACGUCCCCAUGAGAAACACUGACCAUCCUAAGAGGAAGUGAUUACCAUCUUUCAUCUGAAAGAUGAUGGAUAUGUAUUGCGGAUUGCUUAAGGUUGAGUAAAUCAUGGGGUAAUAUUGAUGUAUCAAAGAUUGUAUGUAAUGCAAAUGGCUUUAUCUUUUUGUUUACUGAUUUUUUUUUUUCUUUUUGUGAAUUGAAAAUGUGUAAAUAUGAUUAAGAGUUCUUUCAUUCAUUUUGUAGUAACACAUUUGCUUUGUAAAAAUAAGUUUGAUUUUUAAGAUUCAGCCUAGUUGUAACUAAAAUAUAAACAAAAUAAAUCUGCAGAAAUUAUUCAUGCUCUAGUAGAGUAGUAUGUCAGUAAAGGAUUGUAA